CUGGCAAGUGGAUUCCUCUUAUUUGGGUCAUUAAUAGUUUAUAAUACACGCACACACGCAAACAACCAGAAACCAAAAACCCCCCAAAAAAAGAUGGUCUACAGACUACAAUAUCAAAUCCAAUUUCCAGAUCACAUCAUGUGGACAAAUCUAAUAGCCACCAUUUUCCCAUACAAAUAAAACGUAUCGAAACACCGGACCCAGAGCAACCCACGUCCGGUCUAUUUUUUAAUAACAAUGGCUGCUUCUUUCUCCACCGCUUCCGUCGCCCCAAAGACCACCACCACCCCCGCCCCAUCUCUUCCCAACCCGUUCCGCCGCCCUUCCUCCGCCGCUUGUUUCCAAUCGCCACCGGCUAUCAAAUUGAAUUCAUCUUCACAUUCUAAGACCGGCCCUCCUGUUUUUUGUACCCUUACCAAACAACCCAUGACGUCAACCGAGGAGUUCCAGCCAGAAUCCAUCCUUCAUCUCCGUCCUGACUCGUUUGGCCGGUUUGGUAAGUUUGGCGGUAAAUAUGUUCCCGAGACCUUAAUGUAUGCCCUUUCUGAGCUCGAGGACGCCUUCAAAUCCCUCUCCCUUGAUGAAGAAUUUCAGAAAGAGUUAUCUGGGAUUCUGAGGGACUAUGUGGGUAGGGAAACACCCCUCUAUUUCGCUGAAAGGCUUACCGAGCACUACAAGCGGCCGAAUGGUGAAGGACCUCUUAUUUAUUUGAAGCGGGAAGAUCUAAAUCAUACCGGAGCACACAAAAUUAACAAUGCUGUUGGCCAAGUUUUGCUUGCCAAGCGGCUGGGUAAAAAACGAAUUAUUGCAGAAACUGGAGCUGGUCAACAUGGUGUUGCCACUGCUACCGUUUGUGCUCGGUUUGGUUUGGAGUGUAUCAUCUAUAUGGGUGCCCAGGACAUGGAGAGGCAAGCUUUGAACGUCUUCAGGAUGCGUUUGCUUGGAGCUGAGGUUAGGCCAGUCCACUCCGGCACAGCCACAUUGAAGGAUGCUACUUCUGAAGCUAUACGGGAUUGGGUGACCAACGUGGAAUCUACUCAUUACAUCCUUGGAUCAGUUGCAGGACCGCAUCCAUAUCCAAUGAUGGUGAGAGAUUUUCAUGCAAUUAUCGGCAAAGAAACCAGGAAGCAGGCAUUGGAGAAAUGGGGUGGCAAACCAGAUAUUCUUGUUGCAUGUGUCGGUGGAGGUUCAAAUGCAAUGGGCCUCUUUCAUGAGUUCGUUGAUGACAAAGAUGUCAGAUUGAUAGGUGUCGAAGCUGCUGGUUUUGGAAUCGAGAGCGGCAAGCAUGCCGCCACUCUCACCAUGGGUGAGGUUGGAGUCUUGCAUGGAGCCAUGAGUUACUUAUUACAGGAUAAUGAUGGGCAGAUAAUUGAGCCUCAUUCUAUUAGUGCUGGCCUGGAUUACCCUGGAGUAGGACCCGAACAUAGUUUUUUGAAAGAUAUAGGACGUGCUGAAUAUUUCAGCGUCACUGAUGAAGAAGCAUUGGAAGCUUUCAAGAGACUAUCUAGAUUGGAAGGUAUCAUCCCAGCACUCGAAACAUCUCAUGCUCUGGCCUUUUUGGAGACGCUGUGCCCUACUCUCCCAGAUGGAACCAAGGUUGUUAUCAACUGCAGUGGCAGAGGAGACAAGGAUGUGCACACGGCGAUUAAACAUCUCCAAGUCUGAAAUUGAAACAAAGUUUGGUGAAUAUAUUGUAUUACUACCGGGAAAAAUCUGCUGAAUUUGAGUCUAUAGAGCUUUGUUUAAACCGUUCUGCAGCAUCAAAAGAAAUCAAGGUUACUAUGUGUUAGAUACACGCUGUUUAAUCCGUUGUACACCAAAACAAUAAGUCUGUUGAAGGGAAUGGACAAUUUCUAUGUUCCAUAUGUUUGAUGAAUGUCCUGGUUUUCAUGUUCAUCUCGGAAACUAUCUAUCAAAAUGGCAAGGGCUUGGUGAAAGAUGGCAUUUCCCGCGUGCUGAACAAAAACUUGGUCCCUGGAUAAAAUAUUGUCCUUUCAUACUGCAGGAUGUUUAAUCAGAGCCGUGAAUGCUUUAUCAAUAACAUAAGGUUCACACUUCAAAGUCCCAGUCCGUCCAAAAACUGCCUGAUGCCAAAAAUUCAUGUAUAAAGCUGACCGUAAAUCUCACAGAAUGGAUUACGUUAGAUAUCUUUCAGGAAAUCCUCCAUUGCCAUUGAGCAAAAACAUGUCUUGAAGAAAGGAUAGCAAUCCUGCGGCCUUGAAUUUUUCAACUUCCAUCUGCAUGAAACCUACAAAAUCAACUACAUAUAUUCUCCUCCUCCUCCUCCUCCUCCUCUUUAUUCAUGGUUACAAGGCGCGCUCGUUUUUUCGACCCAGUUUCAUCAACUCAACCCAGGUAAGGAGGAGGAAC